UAUUAUUGUCUAACCCUAAAAUUAAACGGCUCUGAUCCGCUUUGUCGUCGUCUACCCCAUCGGACGGUGGUGGAGCUACAGAUGAGGACACAGACGAGGUGGAGAGAACGCUUCCCCCUUGACGGAACCAGGGCUUUUUCUUCCUGGGAUUUCCGAUUCCGAGUUCGUGAAGCAAAAAGGCCCCUGGGCACCUCUUCUUGUUCCUAACAACUAUGCGGUCAUCUGUUUUCCCCAUUCUUUACAGAGCAAAGUUGGGAAAGUGUAGCGUUGGGCAAUCGGUAAUUCAUGGGCCACUCCGUUCCUUGUUUGCACUCAAUAUAGGUAAACGAUAUGAAAGAGGUCAAGAGCAUGUUAAUUUUUCCACUUUUGCAACAACUGAUGAUAUAAAUCUGGGCUCGGGGAAGAAGAUGCUGGCAACAAACUUAGCCUCUUUGUUAGAAGAGUGUUCGGAAAUAGACGAGGGGAAACCCAAAAGUCGAAUGGAACUCAAGAGGUUUUUUGAAAAUCGGGUAAAGAAGAGGGUGAAGGAGCAGUAUGUGAAUGGUAAGUUUCAGGACCUAAUAGAAAAAGUAAUUGCCAAUCCAGAAACUCUUCAAGAUGCUUACAAUUGUAUAAGGCUAAAUUCAAACGUUGAUAUAACAACGUUAGACAACAAUACUGCCUCUUUUAAAUCCACUGGUGAAGAGCUGUUCUGUGAAAAAUUUGACGUCAAUGCCAAUACUUUUUCUAUUUCAACAAAAGGGGCAAAGAAAGAAAUCUUAGUCCUGCCUAAUCAAAAACUGAAAAUCAUUCAAGAAGCCAUUAGAAUAGUUUUGGAAGUUGUAUACAGACCCCACUUUUCUAAGAUAUCACAUGGUUGCCGUAGUGGGAGGGGGCACUUCACUGCUUUGAAGUUUAUAAGCAAACAGAUAUGUGCUCCUGAUUGGUGGUUUACAGUUCUCAUCAACAAAAAGGUAGACACUUGUAUCCUUGAUAAACUAAUAUCAGUUAUGGAAGAGAAGAUAGAUGACCAAAGGUUAUUUUCGAUUAUCCGGAGGAUGUUUGAUUCUCGGGUUAUCAAUUUGGAGUUUGGGGGUUUCCCUAAAGGUCAUGGUCUUCCCCAGGAGGGAGUUUUGUCACCUAUAUUGAUGAACAUAUACCUUGACCUUUUUGACCGUGAAUUUUAUAGAUUGUCAAUGAAAUAUGAAGCUCUCAAUGUAGAAUUCCAAAGUAAUCAAGAAUCUCAGUCUCAGUUGCGCAAUUGGUUUAGAAGACACCUGAAAGCCAAUGAUCUCAGCAGUUCAGGGCAAGAAAAUUUCAGCUCAAGUGUUCAUUGUUGUCGGUUUAUGGAUGAGAUAUUUUUUGCAGUUUCUGGUUCCAAAGAUGUUGCUCACAGUUUCAAGUAUGAGAUUCUAAAUUACUUGCAAAAGUCUUUGCACUUGGAUAUUGAUGAUAAAGCAGAGCUGUUACCAUGUGCAGGUCCACGCGGGGUUCGCUUUAUGGGAACCUUGCUCAAAAGAACGGUGAGAGAAACUCCAGCAACAAAAGCUAUCCACAAGUUGAAAGAAAAAGUUGAGUUAUUUGCUUUGCAAAAUAAAGAAGCUUGGAAUUCUGGGACAGUUCGGAUCGGGAAGAAAUGGCUGGCUUAUGGGCUGAAGAAAGUAAAAGAGUCAGAAAUUAAGCAUUUGGCUGAUCCUGAAUCUGUUCUCAGCCAUAUUUCUCAUUUUCGCAAACCUGGUAUGGAAACUGAUCACUGGUAUAAGCACUUGCUGAAGAUAUGGAUGCAAGAUGUUAAAGCAAAAGCAGCAGUGUGUGAGGAAACACUCCUGUCAAAGUAUGUUGCAGAACCAGCCUUACCCAAGGAACUGAGGAACUCCUUCUAUGAAUUUCAAAGGCGUGCGGAUGAGUAUGUUUUAUCCGAGACAGCUUCUACUAAAGCUCUUUUGCAAAAUUCUGACUCGUCUGUCCAACCCAUCAUCGAUACUCAGAUAAUUGCACCUAUUAAUGCCAUAAAAAAACGUCUUGUACGGUAUGGAUUGGUGACAAACAAAGGUUACCCCCUUCCAUCUUCUCUUCUCAUUUUACAAGAUGACAUCCAAAUUGUCCAUUGGUUUUCAGGCAUUGUUCGCCGUUGGUUGAGAUGGUACAGUGAGUCUGACAAUUUUUCUGAUAUAAAACUCUUAAUUUCUGAUCAAGUUAGAAAAGCAUGCAUUCGGACUUUAGCAGUAAAGUAUCACUUGCCAGAAAGUGAUAUUGAAAAUAAGUUUGAUGUAGAAUUGAGUAGGAUCCCUUGCUCCCAUGAUAUUGAGCAAGAGAUGGUGAGCGAGACGUUGGAUGUUUUCGAAAAGGAUGAGGCAUUAAUGUAUGGAAUUUCUUAUGGUGGUUUGUGUUUGCUGUCCUUAUCAAGAAAGGUGAGUGAAUCUCGUCCUUGCAAUUGUUUUGUUAUAGGCUGCUUUGUUCCAGCACAAAGUGUUUAUGCUCUUCAUGUAAUGGAAAGGCAGAAAUUUCCAGGAUGGAAAACAGGGUUCUCAAGCUGUAUUCACCCAAGCUUGAAAAGUCGUAAAAUUGGGUUGUGUAAGCAACACUUGAAAGAUUUAUAUCUUGGUGAUAUAUCACUCCAGUCCAUUGAUUUUGGCUCAUGGAAAUGAGUGAAGAUAGCAGCAUAUUAAUAAAGAGCAAAAUCAGGACUCAGCAGGCUUAAAUCACCAAUGAGCUUUGUGUACUCUGAUGAAGUCAGAUAGUUAGAAGCUGUCUACUCUGGGACUAAAAUCAGUGAUUGUGCAGAUGGUAUCUUGGAAAAAUCAAAAUGGGAGCCCGAUUUGUUUGUUGGAGGACAUUUGGUUUGCCUUGAUACUGGCUUUGAUGAUCAAGUUCAUACUCUUGUGUUGACUCGUUUUCUAGAGAUGCUGGUAGUGUCCAAGUUUGUGGGUUGCUUUACGGUCCUGUUUGGAUGCUCAGGCUCUUCCAGACUUCUACAGUUUCUUCUCUUCUCCACCACCAUGACCACCAACCUCCUCUAAUGUGAUGAAUAUUGCUACAAUCAUCACCUCCGGCUUCCACUCCACCGACCCAAUUAUGAUCUCCUCCUUAGAAUGCCGAAUAGCAAUACUCGAUGAAUACUAUUUUUUACUAACAGUUAUACAAUUAAUUUAUACUAUGUGGUGAAAAUUUUAAUUUUGUUUAUAAAUGUGUCAAUUUUAAAGUUUGUGUAUUUAUAUGACAUUUCUUAUGUUGGAUUAUUUUCUGCACUAUAGUUUUGUACUACUUAACACCAUAUUUACAUUAUUUAUUUGUUGU